ACCCUCACCUUCCGCAAGUCACGCCCGGCCCACUGAGUGGCGCGCUCAUGUGAUGCGCGCUCAGCUCUCCAGGGAGACUUUAAACACUUGGACAAGAAGUUGUUUCGUAACUCGGGGAGGUUUUUUUUGGCGUCAAAGGUUUGUCCUGCUUAAUGCGACCGUGUCAUUUGGAUGUGUUUCACGCUGUCGUAACCUCUCGCGAAAACUCACUAAAGGCAAACUUACAAUUUGAGGAUUUUAUCAUCAACUUGCAAAACUUCAGUGGCGGCAGCCAUGCUCAUGUAUGAUUACCCAAUAAAGACAGAUAUGGAGACGUCAAUAUAUCAGACUUACCCGGCCCUGAUCAAACAACAGUCGGAGGCAUUCGGAGUUGUAUUGCCAUCUACGCACGCGGCCCACUUGUACCCCACUCACUACCACCCGCACAGUUAUCAAGCGCACUACCCUUACGGGAGCUCCACUCAGACACACCCUCAGUCCCACGAGGCCCAUCACUCCCAAAACGAACCCGUCGACUUAUCCGUGAGCAAAAGAUCCUCCGUUUCAUCUCCUUCAUCGUCUCUCUCGUCAUCACCCAGAGCAACUCCCCCUUCUCCUUACGAGCACAUCAGCCCGGUCACGCGCUUUCGUCCCGGUUCCGGAUCUAUGACAGGAAGUGUUUCCGGGCCUUCCCCGACAGGACAGCUGAACCCACAAAUGGCUCUUCCCAUGCCUGCGGUAAGAAUGGUGACGCAGGUUUUGACUCCCUUCGUAAAUUCCAGUAUGAUCCCCGUGAUUUCAAUGCUGCAGCCGUUAUCUGUCCUCUACCCCUCCAUACACCUGCCCCCCUCCAUUAUGAUAUCGUCUGUGACACCUGAAGAUCCCACUAACCACAAACAGUUCCCAGCUAUGAAGUCUGAGAAUCCCCCUGAUAACCAUGAGCUCGUUAGGCCAAUCAAAUCGGAGUCCCGCCCUGAAAACUCCCAGGAUUCUCACAGCCAAGAAACAACCUCAUCCGUAAUUACUGUAACACCAAACUACGAGUGUAACACACACUCUGUAAUUGUACGUCGAAAGGUGGAGUCUCCAGAUCCGUUAAAGAAGCGUCGGAUUCAUCGGUGCGACUUUAACGGGUGCAAUAAAGUCUACACCAAAAGCUCCCAUCUCAAAGCUCACAGACGCACACAUACAGGAGAGAAGCCGUAUAAGUGCAUGUGGGAAGGCUGUACGUGGAAGUUCGCCCGCUCCGAUGAGCUGACUCGUCACUUUCGGAAGCACACGGGCGUGAAGCCUUUCCAGUGCCCGGAUUGCGAUCGCACCUUCUCCCGCUCCGAUCACCUCGCCCUGCACAAGAAGCGCCACGUUUGAGCCAAACACUUCCAGGUGUGAACGGGGCAGAAUUUGCAUCUUCGUUUAAGUCUGAUCAACGGACGUGCUUCAUCUUCAAUGAUGUUAAGGGGCGUUUUGUAUAUCUCAGCCCUUUCUUGUCCAGAAGGAAGCAAUGAAAGCAUAUGGGAGGAGUUGAUGGAUCACACAUAGCUCUUAGUCCAUGAAAGAAAUCAUUGUCCUAAAGGAUUUUCACUAUUAUGGACAAAGCUGAGAGUGCUAUGGAUAUGAUCCUCAAACAGACCUUUAGAUGAUCAUUGUUGAAUUUAACACAUCUUCGUCUUUUUUCUUCUGUUUUGUCCUCUGCAGGUCAGAGGGUACCAGUUGUGCAAAACACACACAUAUAAGUAGAUAAACACACACACACACACAUACUCUACAUGCACACACCAUCACAUUUAUAAUGUAGUUUUUGGAAACAAAUCGGGUCAAACCUGUACAAUGUGAAUUUUUCUCUUUUUAUAGGCUAUUAUUAUCAAAUUGAAUGUGUAUACACAGAUCCUGUAUAUGUCUUCUGCAUGUUUCGUUGUUUUUUUGCUUCAAGGACCAAGCUCAUUGUCUCACACCCUGUUCAUUUGAGAUUGUGAAUUGAUAUACUUGUCUCUUAUGAGUUAAGACAUGGCGUUAUCACGAGACCGAAGUGUUUGGUUCCCAAAGCCAGUCCUAUUACUUACAUAGCAGUAAGACGGUGGCACGUUUAAUGAAUUGUAAUCAUGAUUUAUACCGUAGUUUUUUACUGUAAGUACUAUGUACUUCUGUAAGUUCUUUGUAACUACGCACAUGCACAAUGAUGAUAAAGAUAUUAAAGCAAUGAUAAUAUCCCACCUGAAUUCUUAAAAUACACCUAUAAAAUUAUAAGUUUAACCUUUGAGUCGAGUCAACCUAUCGAGUCAAAUGCGUCUAGUCAGUGUCCUUGUUCUUCACUAGAUAAUAUCCACAAUAAUAUUAAUUGCAAGGACGUAUAAAGCUACAUUUUGCAAAAUGUCACAAUUAUUCACAUUUGAAUAGUUUCUGUAAUCAUACUAAUCAUAUAAUCGAAAAUAUUUAGUAGUGUCUCGUUUUGUUUUAUCAAACCAAGUGUCAACAACUUUAUUUCUUGAUUUCUCUGAGGGGUUUUCAGGUGGAGAACUAAAAUGUGAACCAUUUAAUAAGGGGCAUUAUAUAUAACACACGAGUGAGUUCAUCUAGGUUAUGGGUAACAUUGUAUUAUUGCUUUUACAACUUUGUUUGUGAGAGAUGUUUAACAUGGAUAUAUGCAGGGACAAGUUUACUCUUGUUUUUCUGUUUGUAGGUUUUAAAAUCAUUUAUAUGUGAACAAAUGUUUGUAAAGGGCAAUGUGUGAACAGAAACAGUGCACUUUAAAAAAAAUUAGAAAGCCAAAUAUUUUUUAAUGGGGGUUCAUAAAUAGCUUUAAGUCACAGCGUUUUUAUUGUUUAUUAGAGAUGUAAUUGUGCUUCCAAAAUCCUCAAUUUUCUGUUUUUUUCCCCCUCAACUGAGUCCUGUGUUAGCAUUUAGAAGAAGGGGAAAAUACUGAGAUGACUUAAAGAAAGAUUACAGAGAAUAGGAGGAAGCAUCUCUUUGCUGGCCCAUAAACUAAAGCAGAGCUGUACGCAAGGCAAAAUGAAUCAAUUAGAUUCAUUAGAUAAAUAUAUUAAUAUAUAUUAUAUGUUAAGGUUUAAUAUGACUGAAUGGGCAAUUUAUAGACAGCAUGAUUAUUAUAUAUUUUUAUUCUAAACAAAUACUACACUUUUGUAAAGAUGUGAAUCUUCUUUUUUUUAAUUCCUUUUAUUUUCACAGUUCACAAAGGGGAAUAUUAUGCUGUGUCAUUAUAUCAAACUGUGAAUUUAAAUACAAAAUGCUCAAACACUUAUUGUAUUAUGUUGAUUUAUAUAUAUGUAUCAUUCAAUAAACUUUUUAUGGUGAAUAUUU